AUGUCCUGCAUCCCUUCGAAUUCCCCGCGACGGUUCCCCAAGUCUGGUUUUGUGCAACUGGACUCUAAAGAAGAAGUAGAAGAAGAACAGGUUCCCCUGUAUGAUCGACGUAACUUUUAUCCUGUGUAUAUUGGCGAAGUAUUAGCAUCUCGAUACCAGGUUGUUUCAAAGCUUGGAUAUGGCACAUCUUCCACAGUCUGGCUUUGCCGUGAUCUUCAAGGGGAUGGUUUCUUCACCGUGAAAGUUUGUGUUCGUGGACAAUGCCCCGAGCGCGAAUUAGCUACCUCGCAGCAUUUAAAGAAUGCUGAUAGCCACCCUGAGAAAAGUCUAGUCCGUUUAGUUCUCGAUUCAUUUGAAAUUACCGGUCCUUAUGGAAAGCACUUCUGCUUGGUUUAUCAAUCACUUGGAAUGAGUUUUACCGAAUUCCGAGAUUUACUCCCCGGGAACAAAUUUCCGAAAGAUCUUGCACAGAGAAGUAUCCAACUUUUUUUAAUCUCACUAGCAUUUAUGCAUGAUAACUGGGUGGUCCAUACUGAUGUCUCAUCUAAUAAUAUACUCCAAGGGAUUAUGGACAGUAAAAUUCUCUCUCAGAUUGAAGAGGACGAGAUGAUGCGACCGAUUGCCAGGAAAGUGUUAGAUGAUCGUCAUAUAUAUUCCUCCCGCCCCAUACCUGUAUGUACUAGUUCACCAGUUAUUUCCGACCUCGGCGAAGCUAGGAUGGGGAAACAUAAACAUAGAGGUGAUAUUAUGCCGGGAAUCUAUCGGGCACCAGAAGUGAUUCUGGAUAUGGACUGGGACUGUAAGGUCGAUAUUUGGUCUACUGGACCGAUGAUCUGGGAUUUGGUGCAGGAUACCCACCUUUUCUUCGCAAAAAGGGAAGGCCAGCUCAAUGAUGAGCAGCACCUAGCAGAAAUGGUAUCUCUUAUGGGACCUCCACCCCCGGAGUUCCUCAGAAGAAGUAAGAGAUCUAGCCAGUUCUGGGACGAGCAAGGCAAUUGGACGGGGUCGAUUCUAAUACCUGACCAAUCGUUGGAGAUGAGAGAACGAGAAUUCUCUGAUAUAGAUCGAAAGCUCUUUCUGAAUUUCCUCCGGAGGAUAUUUCGUUGGUUACCUGAAGAGCGACCAAGUGCGGAGGAGCUGGCACACGAUGACUUCUUAAUGCAGCCGAUAUUAUCGGACUCUUAAAAGGCAACGUGUCUUUAUUAAGAGCAGAAGUGAUAUGAAUGGCUUCGUUUGGUACAAUCCCGAUUCCCCGGCGGUGCAGACGCGCCG